GUUAGCUGUGACAUUAUUUCUAUACAAAUGGAUAUCUUUCAGAAAAUAGAGAAGAUUGGUGAGGGUACAUACGGUGUUGUUUACAAAGCGAAAAAUAAACUGACUGGUCAGUCGGUGGCGUUGAAAAAGAUUCGCCUUGAUGCGGAUACAGAAGGUGUGCCAAGCACUGCAAUCAGAGAGAUAUCACUGCUGAAGGAGCUCAGCCACCCCAAUAUAGUAAAAUUGUUAGAUGUGCUCCACACAGAAAAGAAACUGUACCUCGUGUUUGAGUAUAUGAACCAAGACCUAAAGAAAUACAUGGACUCCUCCCAGCCUGUGGGCCUCCCUCUCCCACUGGUUCAGAGCUACCUGUACCAGCUGCUGCAGGGUAUUGCAUUCUGCCACUCCCAUCGGGUUGUCCACCGCGAUCUGAAGCCCCAGAACCUGCUCCUCAACCAGUCUGGUGCCAUCAAGCUGGCGGACUUCGGGCUGGCCCGGGCGUUUGGGGUGCCACUGCGGAGCUAUACACACGAGGUGGUUACGCUGUGGUACAGAGCACCAGAAAUCCUGCUCGGCUGCAAGUACUACUCCACCGCUGUCGACAUCUGGAGCAUCGGCUGCAUCUUCGCAGAAAUGGUGACCAAACAACCGCUGUUCCCUGGCGACUCAGAGAUUGACCAGCUGUUCCGGAUUUUCAAGAAGCUGGGGACACCCAACGAGGAGGUGUGGCCUGGGGUCACCCGGCUGCCUGACUACAAGUCCCGCUUCCCCAGAUGGGCUCCGCAGGACCUGGCCAAGAUCACCCCAAAACUACAGCCAGCUGGACAGGAUUUACUGCGGCAACUGCUGUGCUACGAUCCCUCCCAGCGCAUAUCAGCCAAGGCGGCACUGACUCACCCCUACUUCCAGAACCUGGGGGACCCGAGUGUGAGGAGCUGA